AGACCUUAUAUACACCCAAGCAAUCACGCAGUACCAAACAUCGAUUACAGUUACCAGUUCUUGGGAAACAGUGCGCUAAAAUGUGUAGACAACAGAAAGAGGCAAGGCUGAUUUAGGUUGCUCAAUUAGGGUUACGGGCGCCAAAACUACUCCAAAAUGAAACUGAAACUGUUACAAUAUUUCCACAGCAAUCACUUUUUUCAUUCGAAAGCGACAAGAAUAAAGGCAUCUUUCUAGUUAGAAAUCGGGAAAUCUUAGAAAAUCACACCGGGAACUUUAAAUACGCUCGCACGCGACUGAAGGCAUAGCAUAUAGAAUGAAGUUCCUGAAUGUUUAUUCUGUUCUAAAAUUUCUUUCUCUCACGUAAAACUUCGCAACUGUCUUUGAUGAUUUGAAAAAGACGAGAGGUCGUUUAUCGAAAGCAGCUAUAACCUAUGACUGAGCGAAUGCACUUAUAACAACGCUAAUAAAGUUAUUUGUCAUAGCUACGUAAUUGUUAGGCAACUGACAACGCAAGCUAUUAAGUACGUUUUUCGUUCAAUAUUUAAGUCGUUAACCGUCGAUUAAAGCAUUAGGAAUCCCACUCACUGAUAGUUUCCUUCCACAAACUUCUUCAUAGGUAGAGGAACAGGCAGUUCAACCAGUCUCUCAACCUCGUCCCUCGGUUACAUUCUCUCGUGACGUGGAGACAGACGUUCCUGGACCUGCACUGCUGGUAUCACUGGCAUACCUUAAGUCGUCUGAAAAACUUACAGUUAUUGUGAUGAAAGCAAGGAGUUUAAAGCCAAUUAGUAAGAACAAGCCACCAGGUGAGUUACAUUCUCGAGUUCUUAAAAGCGAAAUCGUUAUUACCCUAUCAACUUAUGCAGAAAAGGAUCUGGGCCGUAAAUCCUCCUUGUAAGACAUAUUUUCCUAUAGGCAUAAUCACAAUCGUCGCCAUAUGAUGACAAAGCCAAAAUACUUCAAGAGUAGCAGGAAUCAUAAGUAUCCAAAAUGUGCACGGUUAAUCCGCUUAUCUUUUCAAUUCACGUUUUAGAUCCAUUGGUGAAAUUGUAUAUAAAAAUGGGCGAGAAAAAGUUGAAGAAACGAAGCACGGUGGUGAAAAAGCACAAUGUCUCUCCCGUAUGGAAUGAAGCUUUCAGUUUCGCUAUCCCCCAUCGCAUUCUACACAAAAUAGCAGUUCUUUUACAAAUGAAACAUUUCUCUGAAAGAGGAAAGAAACGGUUGAUUGGGAAGGUAGUGAUCGGAUCGACGUCAAACGACGAAGCGGUAGAUCACUGGAACGCCAUGCUGACGACUACAACGUCCGUUGCUAAGUGGCAUCAGCUUGAGGAGGAACAACAGGGAAGAAGGUCAAGCAAAUCAAAUAAACAAAAGGCGUCCUAAUGUUUUAUCAAUUCACGAUCAUAAUGGACCAAAAGAAGGGCUGUUGGCUGAGAGUAAAAAGUGCUAUAAAUACGCGUGCGUGAAUUAUCGAAGCGUUUGUGUCCUUACAGACCAAUGUUAUUCUCGUAAUACAGUGAAACCCUGCCUUACAGCCACCUCUGCAAUACGGUCACCUCGUUAUUACGGCCACUUUUUUUGCCGGCUGGCAAAACGGCCAUACAUUUUCUUAUAAAAAAACCCCUCGUUAAUACGGCCAAUUUUUUUUUUGGCCUGUUGGUGACCGUAUUAACGGGGUUCAGCUGUGCAAUGGUCAUUGCCAGCCUAGCUCCUAGGUUCUUCUUAAUCAGCUAGGCGUAGACCGGCCAUGUAAGCCGUUACGUCGCCGAAUGAGACUCCCCAAGAAGAACUCCUCUCCUGUCCGGCCCAUUCCAUUUUCGGGACAACAUGAGAACCACUAAGGACUAGGCUGCGUAAAAACGUGAUCUAUAACCGAGAUCUUGGUUGUUUACCAUUUACAAAACGUUUCCGGAAAGACCGGCUGGAAAGUAAAUAGAACACGACUUUUUGGGUCGUUCCAGUGGAACAUUUCCGCGAACAACGGAACCUCUGGAAAGGCAGUUCUUUUUUUCCGGACAAAAUGUUCCGAACGGAUUAUUCAAAACCAACUCUGAAACCAGUCUCAGGCUUUUGCGGCCGUUUUUCGGUAAAUGGAACUGAUUUUUACAAAUGAUAAAGGCAAUUCUGGGAAGAAAUUUACCAGUGCUGAAUUUUGCUUACAAUUUACCUACUAAACUGUGAACCGAUCGGUUUGCCCAUGUAAAUGGAAAGCAACCCUUUAUAUUUUACUCAUAUCCAAGCAACAAAGUCGAGAAGCAAAAACGCCUUUACGAAGACCGCCGCUUUUCGUUUCCUUCUUCACAUAUGAAGGAAAGAAAAUUUACUGAAUUUUAUGAAUAAAUUGUCCCAAUCUGCUAUGAUUGCUCACCUCAUUUAUUAUUCUAUUUGCCC